AUGCCAUCGCAAGCACCAAGUCUUGCAGCGCGUUCGCUCGCUCCCUCGUCCAACUACAGCUCCUUCACCCACAAUAAUAUCGAAGAAAAACGACCCUUGCAGAUGGAGGUCCCCAAGUUUCCCUUGGCCGGCCCAGGGUAUGUGAUAUUAAAUCUCGUUCGGGUCAUGAACAUCAUCAGCCUGCUUGUCGUCAUCGCCGCAAACAUAAUCCUGCUGAUCAAAAUCGUCCUGGUCACCAAUUUUUUCUUCUUCGAAGCCGUCACUCAUGUUGCCUCUGCAUCCGUCUGCUCAUUUCUUAUUGUCUCGGAACUCAGCGUCUUCAGGGCGUAUUUUGACCGGAACUGGCCCCUGCUCGGCGAAGACUCCGGCUUUGUGGCUCUUGGGGCUACUAUGGUGUUACUCGGUAUCUCGACUCUGGGGGAGCUGAACAACCAAUCCACCCGCCAAAAAGAAAUCGGUCUUCCCUUCUGGAAGCUCAUCCUCGGAGCUGGCAUUGUAUCAAUUGUCAUUGGGACUCUCAAUAUCGGCCUGAGCUAUGUAUUCCGAGAUCCAGAUAUUGGAAUCUCUGCACGUCAUGUUCGUGCCCGAGGAGCUGUCGCUACGCAAGAGGUGGCUCAAUUCGACAUAAACGACAUCCCCAGCCCCCUAACGGAUAUCCAGUCCACAUCUCUUCACCUCUAG